UUGCCAUGGGGACAGCUGCUCCGGCGCAAGCGCAGACUGCCAUAAGAUGGCGUCCGUGGCGGCUGCACGAGCAGUUCCUGUGGGCAGUGGGCUCAGGGGCCUGCAACGGACCCUACCUCUUGUAGUGAUUCUCGGGGCCACGGGCACCGGCAAAUCCACGCUGGCGUUGCAGCUAGGCCAGCGGCUCGGCGGUGAGAUCGUCAGCGCUGACUCCAUGCAGGUCUAUGAAGGCCUAGACAUCAUCACCAACAAGGUUUCUGCCCAAGAGCAGAGAAUCUGCCGGCACCACAUGAUCAGCUUUGUGGAUCCUCUUGUGACCAAUUACACAGUGGUGGACUUCAGAAAUAGAGCAACUGCUCUGAUUGAAGAUAUAUUUGCCCGAGACAAAAUUCCUAUUGUUGUGGGAGGAACCAAUUAUUACAUUGAAUCUCUGCUCUGGAAAGUUCUUGUCAAUACCAAGCCCCAGGAGAUGGGCACUGAGAAAGUGAUUGACCGAAAAGUGGAGCUUGAAAAGGAGGAUGGUCUUGUACUUCACAAACGCCUAAGCCAGGUGGACCCAGAAAUGGCCGCCAAGCUGCAUCCACAUGACAAACGCAAAGUGGCCAGGAGCUUGCAAGUUUUUGAAGAAACAGGAAUCUCUCAUAGUGAAUUUCUCCAUCGUCAACAUACGGAAGAAGGUGGUGGUCCCCUUGGAGGUCCUCUGAAGUUCUCUAACCCUUGCAUCCUUUGGCUUCAUGCUGACCAGGCAGUUCUAGAUGAGCGCUUGGAUAAGAGGGUGGAUGACAUGCUUGCUGCUGGGCUCUUGGAGGAACUAAGAGAUUUUCACAGACGCUAUAAUCAGAAGAAUGUUUCGGAAAAUAGCCAGGACUAUCAACAUGGUAUCUUCCAAUCAAUUGGCUUCAAGGAAUUUCACGAGUACCUGAUCACUGAGGGAAAAUGCACACUGGAGACUAGUAACCAGCUUCUAAAGAAAGGUAUUGAGGCUCUGAAGCAAGUAACUAAGAGAUAUGCCCGGAAACAAAACCGAUGGGUUAAAAACCGUUUUUUGAGCAGACCUGGUCCCAUUGUCCCCCCUGUCUAUGGCUUAGAGGUAUCUGAUGUCUCAAAGUGGGAAGAGUCUGUUCUUGAACCUGCUCUUGAAAUCGUGCAAAGUUUCAUCCAGGGCCGCAAGCCUACAGCCACUCCAAUAAAGAUGCCAUACAAUGAAGCUGAGAACAAGAGAAGUUAUCACCUGUGUGACCUCUGUGAUCGAAUCAUCAUUGGGGAUCGCGAAUGGGCAGCGCACAUAAAAUCCAAAUCCCACUUGAACCAACUGAAGAAAAGAAGAAGAUUGGACUCAGAUGCUGUCAACACCAUAGAAAGUCAGAGUGUUUCCCCAGACCAUAACAAAGAACCUAAAGAGAAGGGAUCCCCAGGGCAGAAUGAUCAAGAGCUGAAAUGCAGCGUUUAAGAGACAUGUCCAGUGGCCUUUGGAAAGGUGGUGGGGAUCCAGUUCAGGAGGGAGGGGUAUGUUUGUCUCCCAGUCUGGGCAAAGGAGUGCUAUGCGGAAUUUUCUGCAUAGCAGAAAAGCUCCCACCAUUUUCUUUUGAUGUGGUUUUAAAGUCUCACGUUCUCUAUAAUAGAAACAGCAGGUCUUGUCAGCUCCUUGUGUGGCUGAUGUGUCUGGAAAUGAUGUAGUUCAGGAAAGCAUUUUUUUUUCUUUGAACCUUAAAGGUUCUAUUAUUAAAAGCAGCACAGAUUCCACAUUUGUAUACAUGAGGAUCUUCUUUGUGGUGAAUACCAGGAUUGACUGCAUCCCUUUAAAGAAGUUUUAUGUCCCUGACUCUGGCUAAAAUUAUCUAAUUUCCAGAUGCUUUUGUAGAUGACUGAAGUAUUUGUGAGCCACAUAUUGGGAGUUCUAGAUUUGAGUGAAUGGCAGGAAAGGGCCAUCUCCAUUGAGAUGAUUAAGUGAACCAAACUAGUUCUCGGAAUUCUACAGAGAAGGAGGGAAUCAGACUGAGGAAGCUGUGACAUAGGACUUGAAGACCAAAGACUUUGAAAUUUGCGAGCUGCUCAUGUGUGAGUUAUUAUCACUGCUGUCUUUCUAUUGAGUUACAAAUCUAUAUUUUUAUUGAAGUUUAAAUAAAGAAAAAAUUUACAAGA